AUGCACACAUUAGCGGUACGACGGCUCCCGUCGAGGGUAGGUGAGGAUAAACCGGCCGGCAUGCCCGGCGAGGACCGCCGAGCUGCAGACAGCGGAGAGGGAACCCCGCGCCCUCGUGCCUCUCGCCGGCGCUCGCUAAUCGUUUCCCUAAGCACGCGAACUGCUCGUGACCAGUGGAUGACAAGAAGAAAAAUGAGAAUAACUAAUGCCGAUAUAUAUGGCGAGAAAGGAGACUCCUCUCCAAUCUAUAUAAAUGAAGACCUCACACAACACAUGAAGAAACUCCUAUGGCGUGUGAAAAGCGAACUCAAACCAGACCCAUUCAGAUACGUGUGGCAUGGUUUCCGACGGGACCGUAGCACGGCGACAGCGCUGGCAAGGUUUGCCGAUGACGUGAACAGCAGUCUCAAUGACAGACAGCAGGUGGUGGUGGUCUACAUCGACUUCAAGAAAGCUUUCGAUACGCUGGACCACCACCAGCUGCUGCAGGCUAUGGACGAGUGUGGGAUCAGCGGCCCGGUAAACAAGUGGCUACAGUCAUACUUGUCGGAGCGGUCAUUGAGGACUUCUGUCUGCGGCGUGACGGAGUUCGCAGACUUGAACUUCCUAACUUUGUACAAGACCAAACUGUCUUACGGCUAA